AGUUGGUGUGGGCGGUGAGGGCUGCGGCACGAUUGGUUGAGUGCAGGGUGGGUGUGCGAUGCGGAUUGGAGGAUGUCGGGGGACUGGGAAGACGACCUUUGUAAGAAGGCGUUGGCGCUGGUGGAGGAACUGUGCUUCCAGUCUGGAGGCUUCAGCCAGAGUGAGAGUUGCCGAGAAUUCAUUUACUUGAUGAGAAGACCUAACAGACAGAUGAACACAGAGAUCUCUGUGAGUCUGCUCUCCGUCAUUGUAACGUUCUGUGGCAUUGUGCUGCUCUCUGUCUCUCUCUUCGUCUCCUGGAAGCUUUGCUGGUUGCCGUGGAGAGAUAAGGAAGGCGGGGGUCUGAGCUUAACAUCGGGGCUCCUGCCCGGCGGUGCCAGUUUGGGCGGGGUCGGAGGUGGAGGGGGCUCCUCGCUCCUUCCUCCCCUGUUGCAGAGGAAGGAUACCAACUCCUCUUCCUCGCUGUAUCCCUCACUCUCCCAGCAUGGUCAGCAUCACCCCCAUUUCUCCGACCCGAUGGGGGUGGAGGGCGGAGGGGGGCUGGUAGUGGGGGGUGUGGUUGGGGGUCCGCAGGAGAUGCAGGAGCAUUCCUACCUAGACAUGGACUCUUAUCCCAACAAUGCUGCAAACCUUAAGUUGAGCCAGACAUCUCCUGAGUUGCCCCCAGCAACAGAAGGAGGCUCAGCUGCGAAAGACCUGCCCAAUGCCCACUCCCAGCAGCAGGUCACCACCAGGCCUAAGCCCAUGACUCACCAGCUCUCCAGCCCUGAUUUCCACGGUGAGGAGAAGAGUGAGCAGCUGACCAGCAUUGGGCAGAUCAAACCAGAACUUUACCGGCUGCGCCAGGGAGACCAGGGCGAUGGCAAACAAGGAGACAACUGCGGCAAAAUCAGCUUCCUUCUGCGCUACGCCUUCAACACGGAGCAGCUGGUGGUUAAGAUACUGAAAGCCCUGGACCUCCCGGCGAAGGAUGCCAAUGGUUUCUCCGAUCCUUAUGUCAAGAUCUACUUACUGCCUGAUAGGAAGAAGAAAUUUCAGACCAAGGUGCACAGAAAAACUCUCAACCCGAUCUUUAAUGAGACGUUCCAGUUCGGCGUGCCCCUGGCUGAGCUGCACUCGCGCAAGCUCCACUUCUCCGUCUACGACUUUGACCGUUUCUCCAGACAUGACCUCAUAGGUCAAGUGGUGGUGGAUAACCUGCUGGACUUCAGCGAGGGAACCGGGGAGAAGCCUAUUUGGAGAGACAUCGUGGAAGGAACCGCGGAGAAAGCUGACCUGGGCGAGCUGAACUUCUCACUGUGUUACCUGCCAACAGCUGGCCGACUGACCGUCACCAUCAUUAAGGCCACCAAUCUGAAAGCAAUGGACCUCACGGGCUUCUCAGAUCCAUACGUAAAGGCAUCUCUGGUUUGUGAAGGUCGAAGGCUGAAAAAGAGGAAGACGUCCAUAAAGAAGAAUACUCUCAAUCCUACAUAUAAUGAGGCUCUGGUCUUUGACAUCCCCAAUGAGAACAUCGAGAAUGUGUCGCUCAUCAUUGCUGUCAUGGACUAUGACUGUAUCGGUCAUAAUGAGGUAAUUGGGAUGUGCCGUGUGGGCAGUGAUGCUGAUGGGCCGGGAAGGGAGCACUGGACAGCCAUGCUGGCGAAUCCCCGCAAGCCUAUUGAACACUGGCACCAGCUGGUGGAGGAGAAAUCCAUAAACGCAUAUGUGGCAAAGAGUGCCACAGCCUCCCCUAAACCACACAUAGUGGUGGACAGCCCUCACUCUGAGUAGAGAUGUCUGCAUUAUCUUUUUAGCAACAGAAAUACAUUCUUUCUUUUCACCUGUGAAUAAUAUUUCAUCAAGAAAGAACCGGAGAAGAGAGACUGUGCUUGCAUUAGUGCUGUUCCUCUAAAUCAACCCUGCAGACCCAACACAAUUUGUAGAAAAACACCUAGACUAGAUCGGACUCACACACACAGGUACAUCCACAUACACAACAACACAAACAGACAUACACACUCAUGGAAUCAUAACAAAACAACUGGCAUGGAUGGUUUUGCUUCAGGAAUGAUGUUAAAGUCAAAAUAUUCAUGAUUUAUUCAGGGGAAAUAUGACAAACAUUCCCACUUUAAAUAGAUAAUCUUUAUUUAGUUAUUUAAAAAAGUGAGCCUACAAAAAAAAGAGAUUUUAAUUACUUAAAAAAAAUUAUAAUCAGGAGAGAGACCUGAUAGAUUAUGGACCACGAAUGUUUCUGUGUAUGCGUGAGCGCAUGUGCGUAUGUGAGUUUGUACGGGUGUCUGUGUGUAGCUUUAGAAAAUCUCUAGAAAGUGUUUUCAGUCGGACAAGUAGCUGCAAGUUCUCGGAGUGGUCUUCUCUGCCAAUGCAGAAUCCUUGCAACUGUUUCCUGUUUCUCUGGAGAGGAGGACUACUUUAUGACCGUUCCCAUUUGGAGAAGGAGAAAUAAGGACGGAUACAUUGGCCAAAUCAUGUCGUGCAGUAUUGAAAUAUGUCCCUUUUACAUUUUUAUCACCUUCUGCUUGGAGCUCAUUGAGAUAAGCAGUGUUUCCUUAUUCCCUUGUUUACUAGAGUCCAGCCAUUCUUCUUGUUCUACCAGAUACGGAAGGAAAUGGUUUGAGAAUAUGUUUCCCUGACCUGGACACACUGGCAGACUGAAUCCCCUUGAGAACUUUUACAAAGGGAGCUAUCACUGAUUUCAAAUAUUGCCAGAGGACCCUAACUGAGACGGACCUUGGAUUUGUGUGCACUUCCUGGAAACAUAUCCUAGGGGGAAAAGAUCUGGCCAUAGUAUUUUAUUUUUGUACCAUGCCAGGAUAUUUUUUUGGGUUCUCUUAGACAUUUUUAAUUUCAAAAGAGGAAGUGUGUGCUCUCCAUCAUCCUUCUGCCAAGAGGACCGCUUCGGAAAGACGCCCGCAUUGAUCCUCUUUUUCCUCCCAUGUAUGCUAUGUGUUUGUGGGAGUGCGUUUUUUGUGUCGUUAUGCGUUGGCUUGUUGGUUUGUGUGUGCGUGUGUAUGCCCGUGUGUCGGUAUAUGUCACCGUAACCCCGUGUACGUCUCCAAUUCCCUCAACCCAUCCUUUGUCCUGCACAGAGAAAAUCUCAUUUUGAACAAUCAAGUGUCUCCUGUCCUGUGUCUUAGAGGAGCUAUUUCUUGUGUAGGACCUGUUGCACUUGGUAGGGACAGGGUCUGUUUCUCAGACGCGCGUUGCGGUCGUUCUCAGUAGAAUGUGGUAGUGACCUGUCUCCGUUGUGUUCCUAACCAGCUCGUCACCGAAACGUGUCCCUAGCCUGAUCUGUGUUCUCGUGUUGGAUGUGCUUUUCUUUUUUUGUAAAUGUGCUCUGUGUGUACGGAGGGACAAAUCUUGUGGCCACAGCUGUCGAGGAAUAAAAUGUUGGAAGUUUUU